UCUUCAUCAACAGUUUUUCGCGAUACUGUUCUUUGGAAUUUCUAAUCGUAAUAUGGUGUGCUUGGACAUUCUGUUUUCCUUGUUCUGUAUAAUUGGGAUAGUCUCGUUUCAGAAAGUUGUGAGUUUUCAAGCUGGUUCUAUGUUUUCACUGCUCAUUAAAUUUGUUUUGGUUUUGAUAACUGCUGGACUACUUGAACGUGUGUUUCUCGUGGCUCAAGUUGGUGGUUUAGGCUUUAAGGGGUUCUCAUUUGUGCUCUCAAGUCUGAAGUUUGCUAAACCUUUUGCGUUCAUUCAAAGUUGGAGUUUUGAUAGGAUUUACCCAGUUUUUUGCAGAAUGUUUUGUUGGUUUACUUCAUACUCAAAAUCCUAAUUAGUAAAUUAGAGAUUUAGAAUUUAGACUAUUCGAUUAUAUAUUGCUAUAUAUAUGAUGCUCACAUUAUACUAGUAAUGCCUGCUUGCUAUAGGGUUGGGUGAAACUGAUUUUGAUAGAAUUUAUUCUGAACUGUUUGUUGAAUGAAAUUAGAACCGGUCUCAUUUUAGUCAUAAAUUUACAUCAGACCAUGUGUCUCCUUAGAAAGCGUGAGAAUUUAUUUUCCAUUGCGAAAAUGAAUAGGGCCUGGAAUGGUGAAACCCUCCAAUCCUCCAUUUGACGCUAUGCCAUCUCUCAAGUGCAAGGUUUACUCUGAUAUCUCUGAAAGUGCUCCUUUUCUUGUUAUUGAUGAUAACAAGAGAAUCCAUUUGUUACCAGUUGUGCUCUUACACGAAGAAGCUCCUGAUACCGGCAAUAUAAAUUCCUGGGCAGAAGUUCCACAUGCAACUGUUGAUUUUAAGUUUCCUUUGGAAAAAUGGGUUCAUGUUGGAUGUCAGGUUUGUCCAGAUUAUAUCCAGCUUCAGAUUAAUGGAGAGAUUGUAGGAGAAAAGUCGUUGUGUUCUUUAUUAAAUGAAAAAUCUGGUUCAAGUGAUUUGAAGAAACUGACGUUGGCAAAUGUUGGUGGAGAUGGAAAUAGUGUACAGGGUUAUGUGCACAAUUUUGAAAUAUUUCCUAGUAUUUCUUCUGUUAAGGAUUACCAUUUAAAGGACCCUCCUCUGAAGUUAUCAAUUGAUGAAUCCUCAGUCUCUGAGAUUGAAGAAGAAAGUGAUGGUGUUUGGGCUGUUGUUGGUGGCAAGGCAUCUUGUCGUAGGAACUUCUCUAUGGAUGUUGUUCUAUCAGAUGCUUUCGGACAGCCUGUAGAUAAGGAGAACGAGGUUUUUGCUUCACUUUUGUAUGCCGAUACUAGAGUUCCAGUGGAGAAUACAACUGAUGAUGAAGCACCCCUUUUAGCUAGUUAUGAUGGAAUUGAAUUUUCUUCUCAUGAAAGACCAAGUAAACUUUUGCUGGGUCGUGCCUCGUUUAAGCUCAAAAUAUCUCAGCUUUCAUCCAAGUGUGAUAAUAGGUUCUUCCUCAUCAGAUUUUGUGUUCCGAAAUUAGGGAAUUAUCCUUUUCUUGAGACAUACUCCCAUCCAAUUCGAUGCAUAUCCAGAAGCCGUAACACAAGAUUGUCCACUCUGGUAUGGAAAAGGUCAACUGUUCUUAAUUUCUCUAGUGUAUCUCAAUCUUCAGCUUUGGAUGAUGGGUCCUUGGAACUUCAGCAUUCAGGUCAUGAAGCACAAGCCAAUCCACUAGUGAAGCGGUUUAGAAUUGGUCAAGACAAAACACCUGUGUCAGUGAAGACUGACCCCACCUUUGAGCAACCUGAUGAAGAAUGUAACUCUCAUGUCCAGAAUGCUACCCAGGUUGAAAAUGAAUUUCCAAGAAGCUUCGAUGGAAGGCCGGCUAACUUCAAUGAAGCAUAUGAUUCUCCAUCUGAUUCAGAGAGUAUCGGGGAGGGAAAUUCACCUUUAAAUAGUAUGGCAAGUAAAAGAUAUCCAAUAUCUGAUAUGACCAUUUUCAAAUACUGCCUUGCGAGCUUGGCUGAGAAAUCUCUCAUACUUAAGGAAAUUACAACCUCUGCUCCUGACAAAGAAAUUUUAGAAUUGGCGAAUCAUGUGUCACACUAUUCAGGAUGUUCGCAUCAUGGAAACCAAAUAUUAAUUGCCAAGAGAUUGAUAAGCCAUGGAAGAAAUCUCUGGAAGGAGAUGUCUCUAAACAAUCACCACAUUCCUUGGGAGAAUGGAGUGUAUGAUAUUCAAAAGCAUUUCAAGAUGAUUGCUUGUUGCGGUUCAAGGUCUCUGUCACCUCAGGAUCUAAAUCUUCUGAGAAAGAUCGCUGGAUCUCAAGAGUACCUAACACAAGAGAACUUCGAGAAGUUAUGGUGUUGGUUGUACCCUGUGGCAAUUACAAUAUCAAGGGAGUGGAUAAAUCCUAUCUGGAAAUCCACAUCACCUAAAUGGAUCGAAGGGUUUAUAACCAAGGAGGAAGCUGAAGCUUCACUACAAGGUCCCACAGGAUUUCAAGAACCUGGUACCUUUGUACUCCGGUUUCCUACCUCACGAAGCUGGCCACACCCAGAUGCUGGUAGCUUAGUUGUAACCUAUGUUGGCAAUGACUACAAACUGCACCACAGGCUACUUUCUUUGCACCAGGCUUAUGGAUCUUAUAACAAUGGCGAUAAAAGAGUUGACGUGAAACCGCUUCAAGAUAUGCUAUUGGCAGAACCUGAGCUGUCUCAAUUGGGAAGGAUAAUAAGAAGUCAUUAGGCAAAUUGUUGCAGAAUGUGCCCAACAUUCCUGUUAAAGUUGCUUUCAAGGUUGGUUGUCUUUUUGCUAGAAAGACUCAGAAAAGUAGAUGGGAGUGGUGACCUGUGUGAACUAUGGUAGUAUAUUCUACAGUUUACUUGUAUAUUAUGAAAAAUUAAGAUUUUAGGCCUAUUAUUGUAAACAUUAGUGGCUGAUCAUCUUUAUAUAAAAGUUGUCGCCACUUAUUUGUAUUCAAUACCAAUCAAAGCAUCUCUUCUUAUGUUGUUAA